CACUCACUCACUCACUCAUCUCCUUCUAUGGACAGCUACAAACGAUCGCCAUUGAAGCCAUGGAAGAAAGGUCCAACACGAGGCAAAGGUGGUCCACAGAACGCAUCGUGCCAGUACCGUGGUGUCCGUCAACGUACGUGGGGCAAAUGGGUUGCCGAAAUAAGGGAACCCAAGAAACGAACCAGGCUAUGGUUAGGCUCAUUCGCCACCGCCGAAGAAGCCGCCAUGGCUUACGAUGACGCCGCUAGGAGGUUGUACGGCCCGGAAGCUUACCUCAACCUCCCUCACCUUCAACGAAUCCCCACCACUACCACCACCAACUUAUCCAACAAAUCGUCGACACAAAAGUUCAAAUGGAUCCCAUCAAACAACUUCGUCUCCAUGUUCCCUUCUUCUUCCCCUGGUUUGCUCAACAUAAAUGCUCAGCCUAGUGUUCAUGUUAUUCACCAGAGGCUUCAAGAACUUAAAAACAAUGGGGUUUUGAAAACAAAAACAGAUACCCAAAGCAAAAACAUAGCUGAUGAUGUUCAAAUGAAAGAGAAAGAUGUUGUUGGGGUUUCAUCAGAUAAGCCACAGAUUGAUUUGCAUGAGUUUCUUCAACAAUUGGGGAUUAAAAAAGAUGAAAAAAAGCAAUGUGAAGAAGAAGCUGUUGUUAAUAACAAUGAUGAUGCUGAGAGUACUUUAACAGCAAUGGAUUCAACGAUGAAAGAUUAUUAUGAUGAGUUGGUUCCAUUUGGUGAGAAUAGUAGCUUCAAUUGGGAUGCCAUGAUUGAGAUGCAUGGUGGUGUUGAUGGUUUCCAUGGAGUUGAAGCUAGUUUCCAAGUUCAUGAUCAUGGUUAUGAAGAAGAUCUAGCUUUUCCUACUAUUUGGAACUUUUAAAUAUAUGAUUUAUCUUUUGAUCUUUAGUGGAUCUUUGAGCUUGGAAUAUGAUCGAUGAUACUAGUUUUGGAGGUUGUAAAUUGUGAUGCUAUUUGGAAUAAUGGUAGAAAGUUUUGUGGGUUUUGGUUUUUUUA